AUGCAACAGUCAAGUGAAAAUGAAGCGGUUGUAUUUGUAAUUACGCCUAAGUUCAGACAAGAGGUGCGCUGUGGUGUUGGGACCGGUUACGCUGUCCAAGUGCAGGUUACGGCGCAGCGUAUCCUUGUCCAAUUGCGGAUUGCCACGUCGAGCUGCCCGCCGAUUGGACCAUUUCACGAAGCGCAACACCGCUACCUCAUUCACGAAGAUUACGCGGCGGACGAAGAGGAGCUUAGCGAGCCAGGACACGCCGUACUCGCGCAGCGCUUUGCGAUACGGGUGGUACCCAGCAACGAGUACACACCAGCAGAAACCUUCGACACCGCGGUGAUUGACGAUGGACCACACGGCGUAGUGGCGCUCGGCGGCGGCGGCAGCUUGGCGACGAGCGAGCUCAAGUCGAAGCUGGAUCUGACGAGCCGUCAAGCCGACAUUCGCGCGCGCAACGACCGGACGAGCUCGAGCCAUGGCAACCCGAUGAGCGGAUUCUACGCGCAAGGCUGGAGCGAGAAGGACGGUGACCGUGCGAACGGGGCGGCGCGGCGCAAGUUUGCAAGUGGCGUGCACGGGAACCAAGGUCAAGACGAACGCGUGCACCAAGGACAAGACCCGCGCACAGAACAAGAAAACGAGAACAAGAUAAGACAAGACUCGAAGACGUCCAAGAUUAGAUACGAAGGCCCAUCCCAGUAUGAAGGGAUUGCUGGUUCAGGUGGUGCAUAA